GGUAUAAACCAAAACUUGUCUAAAAUGGAAAGCAGCAAGGUCAUCUCUACUGACAAAGCUACAGUUGUCAUCCAAAUAAAUCCACAGGAGGCAAAAGACUGCGUUAUUUUUGUUGAUGGACAGCAGGACAGAGAAACAAAUCUCAAUACAACACUUAAAAAAUUUUUCAAAGCACAACCAAAGGCACUGGGGACUGUACAGAUAAUGAUUGGAGUGACGGUCUUCUUACUUGGUAUUCUACACACCACAAAUUUCUAUGAAUACUCUGCUAUUGUUGUCUAUAGUGGCAUCACCUACUGGGGAUCUUUCAUUUACAUCAGUACUGGCUCUCUCUCUGUUGCUGCGCAGAAUAAACUUCAUCCGUGUGUGGUGAAAGCCUCUCUUGGAAUGAAUGUGAUCAGUGCCAUUACUGCAGCAAUAUCCAUUCUUCUGAUGGGCAUAGAAAUAGGAACUUCCGUAAGGUUACAUCGAAAUUGCAACUACAAUAGCUACAAUAGCUACUACGCCAAUGACUGUAAAAGAUCUCAGGUAUAUGAAAUGGGGAUCACUGGAAUAUUGCUGGUGUUCUUCAUCCUUCAGUUCAUCAUAUCCAUCUUUAUCUCAGGAUUUGCUUGCAAAGCCACCUGCAAUACAGACUCUACAGUGGUUAAUGUGGCACUAAACCAGGGAUACUGAGCCACAGUGAGGAGAUCCUAUCAUCCAAAGGUUGCAAGGAAUUAAUCUUUUUUUUUUUUUUUUUUUUUGUGAGAGAAUACAUAUUUUAUAAUUAUUGGAAAAUUUACCUCCAAACCCUGAUCAAACACACAUGAAGCUAAUGAAUCAAUCCGUCUUCAGGAUUUCUUUUGCUUUCUUUCUUUCUUUCUUUCUUUCUUUCUUUCUUUCUUUCUUUCUUUCUUUCUUUUGUAUGAUGCAAACAAGGAAUGUUUUAAUAUUUACAUGUGACAAAUAGGACUCAAAAAUGUAUUAGUCUUCAGGAUUUCUAAAAAGAAAAUGAUAGGCAGGUGAGUUGAUCAGGGUUGGAGCUAAACUCUGCAGGACCAUACACCUCAGAGUUGUAUAGCCAGAGUUGUCAACCACAUAUUUACAUUAUUUUUAAAGUCAACAAUGAUUAGACUAAUAUAUAUGUCUUUUAAAUAAAGGUGACCACUUCAAAUAUCCUCA